GUGGCAGCACAGAGAAUAAGCAACUUGCCUUAUGGGAAAGGAGAUCUAGGGCCCUCAGAAAAAUGUUGCUAGGUUUCGAUCAAGCGCGCCCACCCGAUAUACUUUUUUUAAUCGCGAUCGAUGUCACUGGAACGACGUCAGUAACAAUCAGGUUUCAAGAACCAGACUCGCACGAUUCUUCGAUCUGUACUAAAUUUAAAGUUCAAUGGAGCCUGCACGAUGAGUUUUCGGUUAUUUGCGGCGAUAGAGAAGUCUUGGACAUGAAACAGAAGGAGUGUCGAAUCGAGGAUCUAACUCAAGGUCAAAAAUAUCAUUUUCGUGCGGCCGCAGGAAAUUUGAAGGGCUAUAGCAGGUUCAGGAACUCGACGCCAUCACACGUUACACCUAGCAGUUGGAGAGACAUAGAUGGUAGGAUGCCCAGAUUCGCGGGACGGCUGGAACAGCUCAACAGUCUGUUCACCGACAUAAGGCGCUCAGAAUAUACGCAAGAAACGCCAGCGGUGCAAAGGCGAAAUCACAAGAAGAAAACAACGAUAAAGCAACUCUUUACUGCAACGAGUAAAUUCCAGAAGAAUCUCAGACGAGGAGUGUUUCUAGCAUGUCUGCUUUACUACGAAGACAAAGUUCUUGUUACCAACGAGGAUUUCUUACCCGUAAUCGAGAUCGACGAGACGUAUCCCAGUUGUAUUUACAAUGAUUUUCAUUGGCUCAUGAAAGUUGCCUGUACAUGGGAUGAUGUUAAAUUUCUUCGACAGGAUAUGGAAAAAAGUCACAGCAGCUCAACUAAUCAUUUUAGGAUAAAGUUGCUUCAAGCUGCUGCUCAAAUGCAGGCUGCAUUGUGCAUACAAGACCUUGGACAGUUAUAUCAUAAGCCCAUUAAAGACAUUCAAGGCACCUUAGUGUUAUCGACAGUAAAUUAUAUAAAGUCGCCAAAAUUGAUUUCUGUAUUAAACAGCAGAUGGUUACCGCUCAGUAAAGUUAUAAAGAAGGUCAUAACGCACGAAGAAAGUAACGUUACUGACAUCUUAAUGGCCAGCAUACAAGAGCAAAUGACGUAUCACCAAGUCAGCAGUAUUAAACUAUCAAAGGGUUUAUAUCUCGGUUAUCUGAAAAUGCAAAGCAGCGUUGAUCUUAUACAAGUCGUUGUCCCAACAAAAUCUCCGAACGUAUUGCCACAUUGUAAGAUUCGCGACAAUCCGCACGUAUCCGCAGAGGAGUGGGAUUAUCUGAAGAGAGUAACACGCAUUUGCACGUCUGAGACUUCCGUAGAGGAAUCUGAAGAGAAGGAGAAUGUGACAAACGAGGCGCAAGGUACGGACCAACAAAAGCUGUUUGUUGAUCUGGUUGCCGCAACAGCGCGACGUCUAUUCAAUUACAUGGAGAUCAGUCCAGAGGAUUCGCUGGUGCAUCGAUUAUAUGACGCUGAGGUGAUAGAUCUAACUCACGAUGUCUCAUUCCUUAUCGCAGUACCAGCUGCUGAAAGAGUCUGUUGCGUACCUGGCACGCGAGAAAUCCUGCUACAGCGCAGUGAUCUCUUAUCGUUGCCUAUUCAGGUCUUUGAAAUGGUCCACUUGAAUACGUAUCACAAGGAUGUGAUCAAUCGUUACUCGAGACUCAGUUGUAUAUUGGAAUUGGACACCGCACAGGCUCAGCAUAAUCAUAGAGAGGCCUUCAGUUCCUUGGAGUUGAGCGUUGCGAAGGACAAACUGGCAAGAUUACAAGAUCUUCAGUCACAAGUGAACAUCGUAUGGAAAGGUGCCAGAUGGUUAAUUGAUGUUAUAACUUUCGCGAGAGAUCGCGGCUCCUCCCAACAAAAUAUCGCGAUGCAAACCGUGGGCAUAUCUAUGAAGCACCUACUCAAUUUGGAUAGAAAUAAGAACAACAGUAAUAGCUUGAAACGAAGUUUAUUACAAUUACCACCUAGAGAUCCUAAACUCGUAAAAUCGAGUCCUGGCCGUGGCAGUUGGCCAGGUCCCAAUCUGUCGAAAUCAUCUUCUAACCUUCUUAUGACAGAAUUCAGCAAAAGUGAACAACAGCUGCCCAGUGGACAAUAUGUACUCAAAGGUAGCAACAUUUCAAACACGUCGACAACCUUGGAGCCGCAGAAAUCGUUGUGCGCACCGAUAAAUAGCAGUAGCAAUCUGAUAACCACCAGCACCAUGAAUCAUCUGAUACCGUUGCAGAACAUGAGAUUACCGCCCUCCAAGUCCGAAGACACAUUGAUCUUCGCCAACGGUUCGUUGUUAAGUGUCUCCACGGCGAUGACGAAUACGAGCCUGCUUAGUGUGAGUAACACGAAUUCCGACAGUCUGUAUUCACUGAGUAGCGACGAAUACCCCGCGUCAAAUUCGGGCGCCUGUUUAAAACCUAGCCACUCAGUUAAGGUCAAAACGUCCAAACCGACCGCGAGCGUCGCGGCGAUGACCGCCAUUCCAUCGGAUCUAGACGAGAAGGAAGAGGCAACGAUGAUGCCAGUACCAUUACCAGGAAUUCUUCAGGUUUAUGCGGCCUAUGAGACUGGUUUAGCAGCUGGUACCAGUUUGAAGCUGCACGUAACACCAAGGACCACGGCGCGGGAAGUAGUGGAUCUUGUUGUAAAGCAACUGAAUAUGGCAGUAGUCCUAAAAGGACAAAAGGGACCUACUUACACGGCCGAUGAGUUACCAAACUUUUGUCUAGUUGCCGUAAUCGGUGCGCGAGAACGUUGUUUAAGGGAUGAUUUUAAGCCGCUUCAGUUGCAAAAUCCGUGGAAAAAAGGACGGUUGUACGUUAGACAAAAGCAGGAUGUUCUUGCCGCACUUGAACACAGUAGUAAACACACUGCGUACUUAUAGCAAAAGUAAAGCGGUAUUUCCAAACGAAUAAUGACCUUACUUAUUGAAUAACAUAAAUUAGAUUUCAGUACGUCCUACACGUACAAACGUAAUGUUUCCAAAUAAUGAUAUUUCCCGUAAAGCGUCCUAGUCGUGCAUCUUCAACGGCACAAUAAACGAAAAAUUUUAGUAAACAGCGAUCUAAAGAAAAAAGUAGUUCAUAUGAUGCUUCAUAAACCGAGAGAGAUUUUCUUGAAUUUUUCUUCCAGUUAAUAAUAUUUUUGAACGAAUAUGACUUCGUGAGAUCCGGUGUCACUUUCAUAUGAAAAACAAAUUGUACAUUCAAAAUCAUUUUACUAAAAAGAAAAAAUAUUUGAGUCCCUAAAUAAAGGACAUAUUAGUUAAAAACAUUAAUACACUUUUGACAAAUUGUU